GGCAGAUGGGCUCUUUAAAAAACGAGUUUUUCACUCCCCCCCAAUGAGUUGUCAUUUUCUUCCCAGGGAGCAGAAGGGAGAUUGGGAGGCUUAGAGGGUGAACCUCAGGAGACCAGUGACGGCUUCUGACCCAGAACUGGACCGACUGGGAAGAGCUGCGGUUUCCCCCCCUCCCCACUCCAACCACUCUUCCUGCCAGCCCCUUAGUAGACAGGAAACAGCCUUUCAGGCACUUGCAGUGGCAUCAGAGAUGCAAUCUGGGUCACCUCUUCCAGAUGGUGGAGUGGAAGGGAGAUGCAUUCAGAGAGAUCAGCUGGUGUCCUUUGAGGAGGUGGCUGUGUACUUCAGGAAGGGAGAGUGGGAUCUCCUGGAUCCAAGCCAACAAGAUUUGUACAAGGAGGUCAUGUUGGAGAACUACAGGAAUGUGGCCUUGCUGGGAAAUGUGAUGGCAACAGAGGGAGGCUCUGGAUUGGCAACUGGUGGUGGUGGUGGACAGGACAAAAUGUCUGUAUACCUGCUUAAGCAGCUCAUGUCCUUCCAGGAGGUGGCUGUGUCUUUCACCCAGCAGGAGUGGGAUCUCCUAGAUCCAGGCCAAAGAGGUCUGUAUAAGGAAGUCAUGCUGGAGAUCUACAGGAUGGUAACCUCUCUGGCUGUUCCCAAACCAGAGCUCACCUUCUUGCUGGAAGGAGGAGGCGAUCCAUUUGUCCAGGACUCUGAGGAGCAGAAGAGAUGGGCAGGCGGAUGCUUAGAUGCUGGUCAGGAGGAUGAGAAGUGCCAGAAGCUACAUAUUGUGUUAGGGAAAGUUAAAGAGUCUGAAGAAGGAAGAGAGAUAUUCAGAAAUCCAAGAGAAUCAGACAAUCACAUGGAAACGGAGUCCAAGAAAGGAAAGGAAAAAUCCUCAUAUUCUAAGAACGCUGAUGACGAAUUGAAGAGAUAUGACAUAAUCCAGACAGGAUCAAAAUGGUAUCAAGUUAUAGACCACAGAAAACACUUCAGAGAUAGUGGUACAUGUUCUGAUCAAAGCAGCAGCAAUGGGGAGAAACCAUUUAAAUGUACAAUAUGUGGGAAGAGUUUCACUUUUUGUUCUAGACUAGCUUUGCAUGAAAGAAUUCACACAGGAGAGAAACCAUAUGAAUGCAUAGAGUGUGGAAAGAGCUUUAGCCAGAAAGGAAGCCUUCGUGUGCACCAGAGAACUCACACAGGAGAGAAACCAUUUAAAUGCACGGAUUGUGGAAAGAGUUUUAGUUGGAAAGGAAGCCUUAAUGUGCAUCAAAGGACCCACACGGGAGAGAAACCAUUUAAAUGCACAGAGUGCGGAAAGAGUUUCAUUGGAAAAGCAAACCUCAGGCUGCAUCAAAGGACUCACACAGGGGAGAAACCAUACAAAUGUGUGAGGUGCGAAAAGAGUUUUGUUGGUAAAGCGAACCUUAGGCGGCAUCAAAGAACACACAUAGGGACUAGGCCAUAUAAAUGCAUUGAGUGUGGAAAGAGCUUCAGUCAGAAGGGAAUACUUCGGCUGCAUCAAAGAACCCACACAGGCGAGAAGCUAUAUAAUUGCGUAGAGUGUGCAAAGAGCUUCACCGAAAAAGCAAUCCUCAGGCAACAUCAAAGCAUUCACACAGGGGAGAAACCUUAUAAAUGCAUGGAGUGCGGAAAAAGCUUCAGACAAAAAGGGGGCCUUACACGUCAUCAAAGGAUUCAUACAGGAGAGAAGCCCUAUAAUUGCAUGGAAUGUGGAAACAGCUUCAGUGACAAACAUGUACUUAGCCAGCAUCAAUCUAUUCACACAGGGGAGAAGCCACAUAAAUGCGUGGACUGUGGGAAAUGCUUCCGUCGCAAAUGGUUUCUUACGCAGCAUCAAAGAAUUCACAUACGAAAUAUGCCAUAUAAAUGUAUGGAGUGUGGAAGGAGUUUCAGUCUGAAAGGACACCUUAAGCAACAUCAGAGUACCCACACUGGGGAAAAACCAUACAAAUGCAUGGAGUGUGGAAAGGGCUUCAGUCUGAGCUCCAAUCUUAUUACGCAUCAAAGAACUCACACAGGGGAGAAACCAUAUAAAUGCACAGUGUGUGGAAAGAGGUUCUGUCAGAAAGGGGUCCUUAGACAACAUCACAGGACUCACACGGGGGAGAAGCCAUGUAAAUGCAUGGUGUGUAGAAAAAGCUUCAGUCAGAAAAGGCUCCUUAGACAGCAUCUGAUGACUCACACAGGAGAGAAACCUUAUAAAUGUAUGGAGUGCAGAAAGAGCUUCAGUGAGAAAAGGAUCCUUUUGCAGCAUCAAAGGAUUCAUACAGAUGAGAAACCAUUUAAAUGCACAGAGUGUGGGAAAAGCUUCCGUCAGAAUGGGAACCUUAGCCGCCAUCAAAGUGUGCACACAGGAGAAAAACCAUUUAAAUGCAUGGAAUGUGGAAAGAGCUUCAGUCAGAAAGGACACCUUAAGGGACAUCAGAGUAUUCACACAGGCGAGAAACCAUAUAAGUGCACAGUGUGUGGCAAGAGCUUCAGUGAGAAAGCAGUCCUUAGACGACAUCAAAGCAUUCACACAGGGGAGAAACCACAUAAAUGCACAGAAUGUGGAAAGAGCUUCAGACAGAAAAGGGCCCUUAAGCGGCAUCAAAUGAUUCAUACAAGGGAGAUAGCAAAUUGUGGAAAGAGCUGAUAAAGUGUCAAAAUGUUCACGCAAGGGAGAAGCUGUAGAAAUUAUGGAAAGGGUUCCUUAGCUUCGGAGAAUUCACUCAGAAUAUAAGUCUUAUAAACGAAUUAAGUACAGUAUGGUGAAAGUUUCAGUCGGAGCUCAGACUUUCCUAGAAGUUGGGUUUCCUGUGAAAGUGUUUACCUUUUUCCACGAUCCAGGUCAAAUCUAACCCUGAAAGAUCAAAAAAUUUUUUGCAGAUGCAUCAGGAGAUGCACUAUGGAAAUGAUUCAGGGCUUGAAUACACUGGCUAAAAUAAUUGGACAGUUGUAUCGAGGUACAGGUAUUAUGGUUUCAAGUCAUGUCACAUGCUCUUGUGUCGCUGUCCCCAUCCAUGUGAGACAGCCUCAAUUAAAAUGGCUUGAUUUGGUGCAGGGGACAACACUCCUCUUUAAAUUGCCUUACGUAGACCUGGGCUUGGCAUUUUGAUCUACCAUCAAGUCUGUCCUGACUCCACCUGCAUUCCUGCCUUCACCUGAUUUGGGAUUUCAUUUUUAUUUUUGCAUUGUAUUUGCAAACGGGUUUUUCUCUUUCUUAUUCUAAGUGGCAUAGCACUGCAUCAAUAUUGCAAAUACCUUUUUUUUUUGCAGUCGCCUUCCCAACUUCCCACUCAUCUCUGACAAUCUGCUACUAACUAUGCACCUUCCUGUACUUAAUAAAAUUGUACUGAUAAAAUGUUUGUUUCUUCCAUUCCUCACUGUAAUGCACUGCUGUGACACAAGGUGGUGUCAUCCACCACAAUACUGGGAUCUGACAGGCUGUAUCUUUUUCCUUCCUCGCUCACCACUGCAGAAAGUGGCAGUCCUGAACACAGCUGCAUUUACUACCCACCUGCAUGGUUGCAUCCUGUUGCUUAGCACAGAGUGUCAGACCUCACUGGGAGGUGCUCUG